UCUACCUCAGUGAUGCCCCCAGACCAAAUGGCGUGGUGGCCGCUCGCCGCCGCGCCCCGCCGCCUCCGCAGACUCGUCGUCGCUGCCUUCCUCUCCACAGCGCCCUCCCACGGCUGCCCGCUCCACGCCGAGCUCGCGCGCCGCGGCGCCCCCGCGGCCGCCUCGCUCGCCCUCUAUUCCCGCAUCCGCGCCGCCACGCCGCCCACCGCCUACACCUUCUCGCUCCUCCUCGCCGCCCUCGCCUCGUCCGCCUCCGGCGGCUGCACACGCCUGGCCGCGCCCGUCGCCCACGCGCACGCGCUCAAGUGCGGCGCGCUCGCGCACCCCGUCGUCACCAACUCCCUCCUCAAGCUCUACUGCGCCCUCGGCCUCCUGCCCCACGCCCGCAGGGUGUUCGACUCGGGCGCCGCUCUGGACGCCGCCUCCUGGAACACCAUGGUGUCCGGCUACGGCAAGAGCGGCGACCUGGCAGCGGCGAGGGAGGUGUUCGGCAGAAUGCCCGGGCGGAACCUGGUGUCUUGGAGCGCCAUGAUCGACGCGCUCGUGCGUGCGGCGGAAUUCGACGAGGCGCUGCAGGUGUUUGAUCGGAUGAUGGGGGAGGGUUUCAAGCCGGAUGUGGUGGUGCUGGUGAGCGUGCUCAAGGCGUGUGCUCAUCUUGGUGCCGUUGAGAGGGGUCGCUGGGUCCAUCGGUAUAUGGAAACAGAGGGGUUUGCAGGGACUCAAAGGAAUGUCAUGGCCGAGACCGCGCUGGUGGACAUGUACUGCAAGUGUGGGUGCAUGGAGGAGGCGUGGCGUGCUUUUGACUCUGUUCGCUGCCGCGACGUUGUGCUGUGGAAUUCAAUGAUUGGGGGGCUUGCCAUGAAUGGCCAUGGUGAGCAUGCACUUGAGUUGUUCCAAAGGAUGGUCGGAAACGGCUUUGUGCCAAAUCAGUCAACCUUUGUUGCUGCUUUGUGCGCGUGCACCCACUCAGGUCGUCUGGAGGAAGGGAGGGAGAUUUUCCAGUCGAUGCGGCAGCACGGGAUCGAGCCACAGAGAGAGCACUAUGGGUGCCUAGCUGAUCUCCUUGGGCGUGCAGGACGUGUUGAGGAGGCUGAGACUGUUUUGUUGGAUAUGCCAAUGGAGCCACAUGCGUCGCAAUGGGGUGCGCUGAUGUCUUCAUGCCGGAUGCAUAAUGAUAUUACUGUCGGCGAACGUGUAGGGAAGCGGCUCAUUGAGCUAGAGCCACAACAUGGUGGGCGGUAUGCUGUUCUGUUCAAUUUGUAUGCAGUCAAUGGUCGAUGGGAAGAUGCAAGAGCCAUUCGGCAGAUGAUGGUGGAGAAGGGAGCGAAGAAAGAGCUGGGUUUCAGCUUCAUGGAGUGAAAUGGUUGCUCCAUGAGUUACCCCCCCGACAAGGCAGAUCUAUGCACUGUUGGAAGAUACCUCCUCUGUCCACUGGGAGCGAUUGCUGGUGCUGUUCAUGUGCAACUUCUUGCCAUGAAGCAAGAACCUGGAGAAACAAGCUGCUGAAGCUGGAUUUCCAAGAGAUGGUCAUGUUCCCCUAGCACCUCCCGGCCAGGAUUUGGCCGCACCAUGAGCUCGAGACGGCCCUCUCCAGUGCAUACAUGUGGUACACGAUGUUCAAGAUCUCGCCCAGCCAUCUCGCCAGCUAGGAGGACCAUGCGGCUGUUUAUCAUGCCCGGGAGCCGUCCAGUUUCAGUUGCACUGUAGACUCGCAUUUCCCAUAAGGGAGGGAUCAUGAGAGAUUUCUAUGUUUGUUUUGAGUGAUGUAUUAUUAACAUUGCUCCUAUUUGUAUAUCUUGCUGUGAAACCACAGUCUUGGUGAUAGUAAUUAGACGGCAUCGGAUCUCGAUUUCUUCGUAUUGCUCACAAAUUUGGUGGCAUGUUCCUGGUCGAGUUUGUGACAGUUCACAGCAUAAACUGGCUUGAUAAACAUCACCUUAAUUUCUACUGUAUCUGCUUUUACUUUCCAUGAA